CUGUGCCGUAUCAUCAUCACUGCUCGAGUCACUUGACGAAUCGCUUGAUGAAUCCGAGUAAGGAACAAGUCUUUUAGACAUCUUGAGAUACUGUGUUAUAAUAAUUUCAUACAGAGCGAGCCGCUCAGUUUUAUACCUGCGAAAUGAGCCGUGCCUCGGACGUCUAUAAAAAGAGCGCACUCCGCUCCUCAGUAUCAGUAUUUGCUCUGACACAGCUCUUGACAGAACAACAACCAUGGCUAACACAGAAAAAGAUGUAUUGUUACAAAAUAUGAAGACACAUAUACGUGCAUUGAAUACACUCAUAGGGACAUAUGAUAAACAAUCGGGGCAGUGCUACCAUUGUCAUCAAGACGGACAUUUUACGAGAAAUUGUCCGCAGAAGAAUAAAGAUGUGAAAAAAGAUGUGAAUACAGGGGUGAAAAAAACAUGCUAUCGUUGCAAACAGCCUGGACAUUUUGUGAGUGAGUGUCCGAAACCACGAAAACCGAUCGAUCCAGAAUAUUUGAAAACGGUGACCUGCUUCAAUUGUCACGAAAAAGGGCAUUAUUCUCCUGAUUGCCCUAAUCGUAGCAAGAAAGACGAUACUUCACCACCUAGCUUAUUUGAUGAAAACACAGUCAAGUAUUACGGACCCACAGAAAAACAACAACAGUAUUUUGGUUAUGGCAGCACGAUGAACAUGGCACCACCACCACCACCGCCAUCAACACCAGUAGCACAGUAUUCAUCGGAUGACACCAAGCCAGCUCAGAAGCCAGCCACAGAGUCAGAAUUAUUAGAAUAUGAGGAAUUCGCUCGUAAACAUGGACAUGGUGCCUUUGUAUAUUUUGAUAAAAUACAUAAACGUCCAAAAUCACCACUUCCGAAAGGACCAAUCACACUUGGGACCUUACCACCCCAGCCAUCAACACCGGUAGCACAGUCGGAUAACACAGAACCAGCUCAGAAGCCACCCACAAAGCCAGAAUUUGUCUAUGACGAACCUCGAUAUGGUGACUUUGCAUAUAUUGAAAAUAGAGAUAAACAUCUCUCACUUCCGAAAACACCACCGCUAAAAUGGACUGCUUUGGGGCGUGAAUUUACCAAACCGACCUUCGAUAACCAAAACGGUAUCACACUUGCUACCUCAACCCCCGCAGGUAGUACCGAGCCGUGUACUACAACACCACCACCACCAACCAAGAAGGCGAUACUGGAAGAAUCAGACUAUGAGCCAUUACGCAAAAAAUUAAGAAAGUCUGUGAAAAAACUGUUUUAAAAAAAUGUGAACAAUAAUAAUAAAAGAAGUGAACUAAAGUUUAAAAAAAAGUUGUGUUAAAAAAAUAUUUGUCAAGUUUUUAAUUGUAAAAAAAACAAUAUUGUCAAGUUUAUAAAAAAAG